AUGUUUAGUUCUACUCAAGCAGGUUCUAUUUUGUCACCCAGCAGUCAAGCAGGUUCUAAUUUGACUCCUAGCACUCAAUCAGGGGGCUUUUUGAGUUCUAGCAUUCAGUCUAGCACUCAAGGAAGUUCUGUUUUGUCACCUAGCACUCAGUCUGGAGGUUUGUUCAGUUCUAGCACUCAAGGUGGCUCGGUUUUGACUUCUAGCACUCUUCCAGGAGGGUUUUUGACAGCCAGUACUCAGUCGGGCUCUAUUUUGUCACCCAGCACCCACACAGGUUCCAUUUUGUCAGCCAGCACCCAAGCAGGUUCUAUUUUGUCAGCCAGCACCCAUGCAGGUUCCAUUUUGUCACCCAACACUCAGUCUAUGCCUGUUUUGACAGCUAGCACUCAGUCGGGCUGUAUUUUGUCACCCAGCACCCAAGCAGGUUCCAUAUUGUCACCCAGCACCCAAGCAGGUUCCAUAUUGUCACCCAGUACUCAAGCAGGUUCCAUAUUGUCACCCAGUACUCAGUCUUCCCUAUUUACACCUGCCCAGUCAAGUUCCUUUUUCAGUUUUGGCCAAAAUGACAAUGCUUUGGCCAAGGAUACUACUACUACUACCACUGCUACUACUACUACUACUAUUUCUAUCUUCCAGUCACCUCCUGCUGCUACUACUACUACUGCUGGUGCUGCUGCUGGUGCUAAUCUGUUUACUUUUGGGGUUCAGAGUGGUGGUGCUAGUGGUGGUGGUGGUGGUGGUGGCUUUAUGUUUGGUGGUGGCAAAUCUGCAUUCUCCUUUCUGUCGCCUAAGACUAGUGGUUCGGAUGCAGCUCUAAGCCAGCCAAGCCAAACCCAGCCAAAUUUAAGCCAGCCAACCCUAACCCAGCCCAAUUUAAGCCAGCCAAGCCUAACUCAGCCAAAUUUAAGCCAGUCAGGCCUAACUCAGCCAAAUUUAAGCCAGUCAGGCCUAACCCAGCCCAAUUUAAGCCAGUCAGGCCUAACUCAGCCCAAUUUAAACCAGUCAGGCCUAACUCAGCCAAAUUUAAGCCAGUCAGGCCUAACUCAGCCAAAUUUAAGCCAGUCAGGCCUAACCCAGCCCAAUUUAAGCCAGUCAGGCCUAACUCAGCCCAAUUUAAGCCAGUCAGGCCUAACUCAGCCAAAUCUAAGCCAGUCUAACUUAGCCCAGCCUGCAUCUAGUAUUCUGCAAUCUAGCUUAACCCAGCCACAGUCCCAGUCAAUAUUUUCUUUCACAACAGCACCACAGUUUCCCUCCACCACCACCGUCACCACCACCACAGCCUCCUCUAUCUUUUCCUUCACCACCCCUACCACAUCCACCACCACAGCUAUGACCUUUGGCUCCCCACCGUUCUUCUCACCACAGCCCACCACCACCACCGCCACCGCCACCACCACAUUUUUCACUGGGACGACUGUGGCAAAUAUAUUUCAAUUUGGUGGUGCUGCGGCUGCCACACCUGUUGCCACACCUGCUGCUGCACCUGCUGCCACACUUACCACACCUGCCACACAGGGACUGUUCACAUUUGGGCCCUCCACCACAGCAACCACCACCACUACCACAGCAUCGCCCUUCAAUUUUGCGGCGAAAUCUGGGUUUAGUGAAGGAGGCAAAUCUGGGUUCAGUUUCACAACACCCACCACACAGACUGGCUUUGUGUUCCCCACCACCACAGCAGCCACAGCCACCACCACAGCCUUCCAGUUCCAGAAGGGCUCCAGCAACCCACCCCAAGCCACAGCAAGCCAGUCUAGCCCCUUCAGUUUUUCCGCUAACAUCAAAACACCCUUCGGAAAUUCACAGUCGCCAUUCGCAUUUAGUUCCUUUGGCAGUGGUGGCGGUGGUGGGCAGGGAUUCACCACAGUGGCUAAUACCACAGCACCAGCACCUACCUUUGGUACCACCACAGCCACCUCACCCUUCACCACCCCCCAAAACGCCCAAGGAUUUACCCCAGGUGCAUUUAAUUUCGGAGGGGUCAACACCCAGUCCCCUACUCAAACUUUUGGCAGUUCUGGGGCACAGGGGGGUGCUGGGUUUAGUUUCGGGCAAGGGGGGGGUGCACAGUCCCCACCUGCCCCGGCCUUUGGGUCCCCUGCGCCUGCCACUGCCCCACAGCCAGCCGCAGGGGGAGUGUUUCAGUUCGGAGGAGCUGCUGCUGCUACGCCAACAUUUACCCCUGGCAAUAAUCCCGGUGCUGGCCCACGACGUCCACGACCUAGGACUACACGUCGGCGAUAGGAACCCCCAAAUAGGACUAAGGAUAACACAAAGGAUAUCUCCCAUAUGUAAGGAUAAAACCCCCAAGAUGCCAACCCUCAGUGCUUCUAAGGACCUUGCCACAAUUCCUAAGGGUGGAGGAUUUGCAAAUAGGAUUUCUUGUGUCUUCCUUACUCCCUUUGCCGAUCUCUGCUAAAGGAUUCCACACCACUUAUGAGGGUGUUUUGUGUGCUUCACCUAACCUCCUCCUCCUCCUCCUCCUUUCUCAUUUUUAACCUAAUCUAACCAUCUUCUUUAUCCUCCUCCUCCUCUCAUUAUUUCAAUCUAGCCUAUCGUAAUCUUCCUCCUCCUCCUCCUUCUUCUCCUGUUAUUAUUAUUUUUACACCUAACCUUUUCCUCCUCCUCCUCCUCCUCUUCCUCUUAAUGAUUUUGUAACCUAACUUCAAAUAACCUUUAAUAAUCACCCCAAAAAUUGACUUAGACAAUUAAUGAAGUUUGUGUAUUAUUAUUAUUAUUAUUAUUGUUUGUUUAUGUUUUUGUAUUCAAUCUUCCUCCUCCUCCUCCUCCUCCUGUUUUUAUUUUUAUUAUUAACUUGUCUCCUUCUUCUUCUUUUGACUUCAUUGACGAUUAGUUGACAAAAUGAGGAGGAGGAGGAGGAGGAAGAAGAAAAAUAAUAUAUAUACAAUAAAUAAGAGGUGGAAGAGGAGGAGGAGGAGGAGAAGGAAGAGAAGAGUAAGAAAUAAAGAUAAGGAGAUAGAAAGGAGGAGGAGGAGGAGGAGGAGGAGAUAAGAAAGUAAGAAAGAGGAAGAGAAAAAAAGAAAUAGAAAAAAGAGGAGGAAGGGAAAAAAGAGUAGAAGUAGUAGAAGUAGUAGAAACUCGGCAAAUCCUUUUUAAUAUACACUACUACUACUACUACUAUUGUUGUUGUUUAGUGCAUUAGAUAGGGAUAAUAUGUGCUCUCUCUCUCUCUCUCUCUCUCUCAAACUAAUAUAGU